UUUGAUGACAGAGUUGCGAGGCAAACCAGGGAUCACAUGAGCAGGGAUCUGUUUACAAACUGAAACUGUGCGGCCGGGAAAGAGAAAGAGACGCAGAGCAACUAACCUUCUUGGAGAAUAUUCCAGACAGCCGUUACCUCGAUCCCAAGGCCCUUAUGUUUUUGGCAAGGAUAUUUGAAGAAUGAGCUGAGGACUUUGUGUUUUUCGAGUUUCUUGAUGGAAGGAUUGAGAGAGCAGAUGGUUUUAGGUGGAGAGAAAAAAUACUCCCCCACACAGGCAGACACACACACAUAAACACUCCAGAGAUAAAGAAGCUUGAUGCUGUUGAGAAUUGUGUGUGUGACUGUGCUCUUUUGUUUCUCUGAAGGGCCUGUUUUCUGAUAAAUGAAUAUAGCUCAGAAAACCUCAACAUCGAGGAAGAGGAACUAGAAUAAAGAACAAGGACAUCAAAGAGGGGCAAAGCACACCUAAGUCUUUUGCAAUAAGGCUUUAAGGGUAAACAAAGGCAGUUUUCCUAAGGAUUCUUGCUGUAGAUGUCUUUUUUUUGUAUGUAUCACUCUAUAUUUUGGGAUUUUUAGUGGUCACUAAACAACCAUAUGGAGGAAUUAUCAAGGAAUUAAUUUACUUUUGUAUAUGACAUCACAAAACAAUCAGAUUUGAAGUGCCAUUCAGCCGCAUAUGGACUCAUUCUUGAAGACAAGAGGAAUAUCAAGGGCAAAUUAUGCUCCCUUUGUCUUUGUAACAAAGCACCUUGUGCAUAUUCACAUCACUGGAGCCAAAAAGUGAUUGGAAGCUUUUGUUCUUCUAUACUGACGUCAUAACAUUGGUAUGAAUGAAGGAAUAAUUGAGCUAUAAUCAAGAUGGCACACAGUCUCAUUUAGACCCAUUGACCUACAACUGCUUUGAGUGCAUUGUAGAAAAUUGUCUCGAAAAAGGUUUUGGUUGCAUCCCCAGCCCCCGCAUUGCCUGUUCCUGACAAGCAUUGAGUUUGCAGCACCAGUGUUUGGAGUCACAUGCAACCAUUCCAAUGGUGUAACGGCUGCCUCUGUGGUCUAGGACUGCAGCAUUCAGACUGUGAUAUGUCUGAAGAAGAUAUCUACCGCCUACCACUCAACAUGUACGUCAUUGUACUGGGCAUAGGCAUGUUCAUCUUCAUGCUCAGCGUAAUCUUCUGCUGCUACCUGUUCAGGUUGAAACGGCAAGGCACAAGGGAGCAGUACAGCUACAAUGAGGUGGUGUUGAAAGGUGCUGGCAAGAAGCUAAGCCUGCUGGGACAACCCUGUGCGGUGUGUCUAGAGGAAUUCAAGACCAGAGAUGAGCUGGGCGUGUGCCCAUGUUCACACACCUUUCAUAAGAAGUGCCUGCUUAAAUGGCUCGAGAUCCGCAGCGUCUGCCCUAUGUGCAAUAAGCCCAUUAUGCGUCAACAGAGUGCUGAUACCCCACUAGGAGCGGAGGGGCUCCAGGACCCUGAAGAAGUGUGACCCCAGAAACUAUAUGGCCCAUGGCCAGAUUAACACUCACUAGUUCUGCAAUUGUUGGAACAUAUAUGAUCUGCCUAGGCUCUCCAAAGCCACCUAUAUGCACCGCCACUGGGGACCCUGUGAACGCAAAAAAACAGAACGACAACAUCAGCCUCCACUAGUGAAUAAGUACUAUAUCGCCAGUAGCCAAUGCAAGAAUAAUCUCCUAUAUAUUGUGCCACAAUAUGGUUCUAAAGAGAGCAACACAACAUGCAUGCUUAGUAAUGGACGUCGAUAUGAGAGGUAAAUGUCUCAGGAGUUUGCCUCAGGGGAUCUAACAACCAAGCAACAAAGAAAACAUUGAACUUCAGCAAUUAAACGUAGAAGGACAGACACAUAUACAUGACAAAUAGGGUGUAGGUGGUGCGCCGUCUAUGUGACUGGUACUACAGGUCUUUUAUGAAGAUUGUGUGUAGUCCUUAAUGAAAUGUUAACUAUAUAAUCAGUAACCAGCAGUUCUUAUUCAAUCUCGUGUUCAUUGCUUGAAUUUUUCCCUUUUCUUGUUAUUUUGUAUUGUUUGUUUUGGAAUAAAAUGUCAUGGUUUUGUGGUUAA